GGGCGUACGGGCGCCGGGGCUCCUGGGCUCCGGGCACUGCGGGGGCUGCGGGCUCGGCGCCCGGGGGAGGCGGGCCGUGGGCGCGGGUGCGGGCGCCCCAGCCGGCCGCGAUCGCGGGAUUUCUGCACCAGGAGAUGAGGGUCGGUGGAGCCCUAGAAUGGAGAUGUCCUUGACACCUGGGCAGAAGCUGCAGCUGCAGGACCCUGUGGCCACUGGAGAUAAGUAAUGGUGCCAUUUGCACACCUACUGGAAACGGGAAAGGAACAGUGAGUGACCCCAGGCGAGCACAGGCAGGUGCCAGGAGCCAGGAUGCAAGGAUGACGUCUCCGGAGGCCCUGGCCUCCCUCCCGCCUGGGCGCUAGGAGCCAUCCCGGGGCUCCAGCCAGGAGCCCUGCUGCCCAGGGGCAUGGCCAAACCUUUCUUCCGACUCCAGAAGUUUCUCCGCCGAACACAGUUCCUGCUGUUCUUCCUCACGGCUGCCUACCUGAUGACCGGCAGCCUGCUGCUGCUGCAGCGGGCCCGAGUGGCCCUCCCACAGGGCCCCCGGGCACCUGGCCCCCUGCAGACCUUGCCAGUGGCCGCCGUGGCCCUGGGCGUGGGCUUGCUGGACAGCAGAGCACUGCAUGACCCUCGAGUCAGCCCAGAGCUGCUGCUGGGUGUGGACAUGCUACAGAGCCCCCUGACCCGGCCCCGUCCCGGCCCCCGCUGGCUCCGGAGCCGCAACUCGGAGCUGCGUCAGCUGCGUCGUCGCUGGUUCCACCACUUCAUGAGUGACUCCCAGGGACCGCCCGCCCUGGGCCCCGAGGCUCCCAGGCCCGCCAUCCACAGCCGAGGCACCUACGUUGGAUGCUUCAGUGAUGAUGGCCACGAGAGGACUCUGAAAGGAGCUGUGUUUUAUGACUUGAGAAAGAUGACUGUCUCCCAUUGCCAGGAUGCGUGUGCGGAGCGGUCCUAUGUCUACGCCGGCUUGGAGGCUGGGGCAGAGUGUUACUGCGGGAACCGGCUGCCAGCGACGAGCGUCGGGCUGGAAGAGUGUAGCCAUGAGUGCAAAGGCGAGAAGGGCUCUGUGUGUGGCGCUGUGGACCGGCUCUCCGUGUACCGUGUAGACGAGCUGCAGCCGGGCUCCAGGAAGCGGCGGACUGGCCACUCUACCGCUGGGUGCUUCCGACUGCCGGACAACAUCACACACGCCUUCCCCAGCUCCCUGAUACAAGCCAAUGUGACCGUGGAGACUUGCUCGGGCUUUUGUUCCCAGAAAGAGUUCCCCUUGGCCAUUCUCAGGGGCUGGGAAUGCUACUGUGCUUACCCUACCCCCCAGUUCAACCUGCGUGAUGCCAUGGACAGCUCACUAUGUGGCCAGGACCCUGAGGCACAGAAGCUGGCAGAAUACUGUGAGGUCUACCAGACGCCUGUGCAAGACACUCGUUGUACAGACAGGAGGUUCCUGCCUAACAAAUCCAAGGUGUUUGUGGCUUUGUCAAGCUUCCCAGGAGCUGGGAACACAUGGGCACGGCACCUCAUUGAGCACGCCACUGGCUUCUAUACAGGGAGCUACUACUUUGAUGGAACCCUCUACAACAAAGGGUUCAAGGGCGAAAAGGACCAUUGGCGGAGCCGACGCACCAUCUGUGUCAAAACCCACGAGAGUGGCAGGAGGGAGAUAGAGAUGUUUGAUUCAGCCAUCCUGCUGAUCCGGAACCCAUAUAGGUCCCUGGUGGCGGAAUUCAACAGGAAAUGUGCUGGGCACCUGGGGUAUGCAGCUGACCGCAACUGGAAGAGCAAAGAGUGGCCGGACUUCGUCAACAGCUAUGCCUCGUGGUGGUCGUCGCACGUCCUGGACUGGCUCAAGUACGGGAAGCGGCUGCUGGUGGUGCACUACGAGGAGCUGCGGCGCAGCCUGGUGCCCACGCUGCGGGAGAUGGUGGCCUUCCUCAACGUGUCUGUGAGCGAGGAGCGGCUGCUCUGCGUGGAGAACAACAAGGAGGGCAGCUUCCGGCGGCAUGGCCGGCGCUCCCACGACCCUGAGCCUUUCACCCCGGAGAUGAAAGACUUGAUCAAUGGCUACAUCCGGACGGUGGACAAGGCUUUGCGUGACCACAACUGGACCGGGCUUCCCAGGGAGUAUGUGCCCAGAUGAUAGGCCCGGCCCAGGCCGCCGCCCCCGCUGAGUGACGCAAUCUCACCACGGGGCUGCCCACCCCACUCUGACGCUCAGGCCUGUGGCCUCACUGGGACGUUCGUGGGUGGGGGGCCCACCCUGGUGCUGCCUCCCGCACAAGGAGACCUGGACACGACAGACACACAUCACAAGGCAAACACAAAAGGACACACACACCUGGCCACCAACCAACCCACACCUCCUCAGACACACUCAGACACCACUCCAGGCUCACGGCCCGGUCUUAGUGAAGCCACCCACGUGGGGUGUGCUAGGCGCCCCCAGAUACAAACGCAGCCACACACAGACGUAACACACAGGUGCCAGGCCGCGUGCUCCUGGAGGCUGGCUGGCUGUCUCUCUCACACAGAUACACAUGCGCUCCCUGGGAUCUAGGAGGCCCUGGGCUUCCUGUGUCUAACCCCGGCGUAGACUUGCUCCUCAGGGUGUUUGAGUCUGGGAUGCUGGGCCGGGCGGGCAUUUACGCUCUGAGCGGCGAGGACCACUGGGAUGGAGGUGGGCGCCAAGACUAGCUGCUGGGCUGUGCGGCCCUGGCCGUGUGCCUGACAUCCCAUAAAUGUAUGUGUGGUGUGACUACGGGCACCACAAACUCUGCAGCCUUGCCUCUCUUUUCUCUGUGGCUGAGCUGGCCGCACCAUGGGCAGAGUUGAGGACUGCCCCCUACCCCGCCCAAGCCAAUACAGACACUGACCUCAAGACCAGCCACAUUAAGUCUGUGCCCUGCCCUCCACCCCCUUCAACCCCCACUACCCCAUGCUUCAGGCGUGGGGCCUCCUUGCCUGGCUUCUUCCUCCAACUAUCCCCAGGGAAGCUGGAGAUUCAAGUCAUGCCCCAGAAGCAAGGUGUAAGCAUGGGGGCAUGGGGGAGAGGGCAGGAGCUGAAGUUCCAGGGGAGCCCAGGAGCCCUGGGGACCUGUACACCAGCAGAUGGGUUUUGGGAGUUAGCACGGGGAGAUUGUAAGGGCUGCGUCUCGGAGAUCACUGGGACUGAUGCCCCAGCCACAGGGACCCUGUUUUCUCUGGGGACCCACACUGGGGUCAUGAGAGCCAGUUAGUACUCAGUCUGACCCCUAGGUCAGGCCCUGCCAGCCUGGGAUGGGGGUCAACGUAUGCUACACAUCUUGGGCUCACAAGUGAGGCUGUGGAGGCCAGGAGGUUCAAGUGUGGAGGGUAGGGGUGCAACCCGGGAGCAACGCUCAAGCUGGCUGAGAUACAGGGAGGAUUGUGGCAAUCCGGUUGCACACUGGCCCCUGUGAAGAUGGGGAAGGUGGGUGGGCCUGACCUCAGGAAGCCCCUCAGUGGCUUCUCCAGGCCUAGGAUAACCCUGGCUGGGCCCCAUGGUCCUGCUCUGGGUCAGCUGUCAGGGAGACCUCCCCUCAGCCUGAGCGAAGCUGCAUUGGGAGGAGAAGGCAGGGUGAGGGAUUUGGGAGAGCUGGACAUUGAGAUGUCCUGAUCUUCUGCUCCCUAGCCUGACGACGAGGAACCUAGAGCCACCCGCCGUGAGCACAGGUAGGGGGUGGAGGGCCCAGGAGAGAUGCCCUUCCCCACAUGGAAGCUUCCUCCAACCUUCAGUUUGGCCGGUGGGUGGGUUUGGGCAUCUGUGCCCCUGGUGGCCUCUAAAUCCUUCCCGGGAUUCCCCCAAACCCACAUUGAUGCAAAGCUGUUCUUGACCCUCCCAUAGCAUCAACUCAGUUCAGUUCAAAGCUAGAAACACCAAGGUCUUUGAAAAUGUUCAUUGGCUCAGGAUAGCUUCAGCAUCUAAUCCGCGAAGGCCCCUGAUGGGGCUAUUUCUCCCUAGUGUUCGGAGCAAUUGAGACCCCUUGGGAGUUUCCACACUGCCCUGGGAGGGGUAGCCAGGGCAGACCUGCAUCCCAGAGCGAACCUAGAUCCUCAAAAGCGACGGCAGGCGUGGCAGCGGGAAAGCCAUGGAGGCUGGAAAGGGUAAAGUGUGGAGAGAGGAGUGACUGGGACUGGAGCCGGGGUCUGGGGACAGCAACAGCACCAGGCUUUUCCUGGUAGCUGGGUUGGUACAUUGACUGCUGCCAGGUGCCCAGAGAUGUCAUCUCCCUCCAGGUAGAGUGUCACCUGCUCCUGUGGCCUUGUAGAUGACUGUGUACCUUAGUGAAGAGUGCAGGCAAGUAGAACGACAGGGUCAGGGUUCAUCCAGUUUAUGUUGAGUCACUCCAUAUGGCAAGGCACUUGGCCCUUGGCAGGUGCUCCCAGAUGUUGGAUGAGCAAGGGAGAGCAGAGGCCCCGUCAGCUGGCGGUGGUCCUCACAGCCUUCAUCCCAGGUCUGCCUACGUAGGAGAUCUCAUCAGAAACAGGAACAGGGAUCUGUCUGUGCUUGCAGGAAAGUCCAUUUGUUUUUCUCCAAGUUAGGUCUCAUCUACAGCUCUUAGCUUCUCAGUAAAGAGGACACUCUCCCAAUCAGCCAAGGAAUAAAAGCUGAUCUGUAUGUAGGGCAGAAGUGUGGCAAAUGCAUCAGGAACUGGUUAGAAUAGAACAGAGAAACCCUGACUGUUUACAGAUGCCAACUUUAAUAGCAAGGCUGCAGAGUUACACAAACCUGUGUUAAAACAUGUAAUUUUUAUGGAUUUCAUCUCCUGUUGUGGAUCAAUUUGGAAAAUCAAAAUAUGUAAUUUUAAAAAACUAAAACACAUUCUUGUAAUCCCAGUGAUGUAUAAAUGAGAGAGAAGAAUAGACAGACUUCCAAACCCUGAGAAGAAAGCUGCUUAAUUAUGUGAACAUCUUAUAAUGAGGUCUCUUGCAGCUAAAAUUAGAUUUUGAGCGCAUGAAUAUGUGAUCAUGUUUGCAUAGCAGAAUGCAUCUUCCCCUUAAAAGUAGCAAUAGCCACUUGGCUCUUAGGGGUCCCCAAGAGGAGAGGAGAAGAGCCGAGGUUGAUUUUAUCACUGCAAGAAUUCUUGGGACACAGGUUUGUUUUCUGCUGACUUGUUUGGAAACCCACUGGAGGUAUCUGAAAUGUGAUGACUCUAAAGGGGUUCAUUUCACUAUAGAGAGAAAUUGAUUUAUCUGACCUCCUAUUUAUCACCACUCAAUAUUGGGUGAGUUGGUCUGAACAAGGUGGGGGUAAAGUGGAGUGGAAAUAAUGUAGAGUCGUCAGACUGAAGGGCCAGGUUGUAGUCCCAGCUCUUAUCUGCCAUCUUGGACAAGACUUUUCCCAUCUCCAGUCUCAAUUUCCCAUUCAUAAAAUGGGGGAAGUGGUAGGUCUUGCUGGUUCCAUCCACAUUCAUUGCCCCAUUUCCUUUCCCAGCAACCCCCCGUUUCUGUUUGGGGAUUCAUAUGAUCUGCCAGAGCCUCUCCAGGGGUGGAAUACAUGUCCUGGACUAAGCCAAUGACACCUUCCAUCUUUCCAGCUAUGGUGACUGGGUUGGUAUGAUCUUGUGAGUUAAGGCGAUGAAGCCAGAGGGAAUUUCAAGACUUUGGGGAAGGCUGGGUAGAAGCUGUUUUAAUUCCCCUGUUGAAUGUGAAAAAGGUAGUAAUAUUCCUGGGUCUUUAUGAUGACCACCUUGGGCCUUGGGAUCAUGACCAGGAGCCACAUGAAGCUGAUACCACAGAAGGGAGAGUCAAGAGGCAGAAAGAAACAAGUCCUUGGUGAAAUUGUUUAAGUACAGGAUCAAGCCUUGCUUGAGGUUGGCCUUACCUCUGAACUUUUUUUGUUAUAUGAGCUAAUAAAUUCUGUUUAUUGUUUAA